CCCGAAGCCGAGGCAGAGGGCGGGAGUACCGGCAAGCAGCCUAUUGGGCGGGUGGAGCCGCGCCUCUCGCUCACGUUUACGUGCCAGGCAGGCCCGGAGAAGGAGCAGGAUGUGUGUGGGCACCGCAGCUCGCACGAGUUCAGCCGCAAGUCGUACGAGAAGGGCGUGGUCAUCAUCCAGUGCCCGGAAUGCAAGGCGCGGCACUUGAUUGCUGAUCACUUGGGGUGGUUCAACGAGGUCACUGGCGACGGGCAGCACAAGACGGUCGAGGAGCUCGUCAAGGCCAAGGGCGAGAAGGUGACGCGCGGGCGUGUAAACUUUGACGGCGACAUCGAGUAUGCGCCAGAGUAA